AUGUUUUUGCGUAUGCUACAAGCAAAAUCUGUGGAAAAAGAGAGCGACGACGAAGAAGAUUCAACGGAAGAGCGAGCCGGGGGCUUACCGAUAGAGAUACGUAAUGCUUUAGAACAAGGACAUGCGAGUGACGAGGUUAUGGCGAAAGCUUUAAAAAAAUGGUUUGGCAUGGCGGACGUGGAUCAGGACAUGCAAGAUUUUAAGACUUUUACGCCAAAACAAAUGAAACUGCUCGAUGAAGUGUAUGAAAAUUGGGCGGAAGCGGGCAUUACACCAAAAGAAAUUACCGACACGUUGUUGAGGCACGGACACCAAGGUUACAAAUUUGAUACGGUAAUAGAUGGAUAUUUAAAAUACUUGACAGCAAAGGAUAUAGCCAAGUUUAGGGUUGAACGUAUAGCCAAGGCUGCUGCUGGACCGCAGUGA